AUGACGGUGUCUUACACUCUCAAAGUGGCAGAGGCAUGCUUCGGAGCCUUCUCUGGCCUGCUCUUCCCCUGGAGGGGCAGAAUCUACAAGCUCGUGUACAGGGAGUUCCUGCUCUUCUGUGCCUUGAACACUGCACUCAGCGUCACCUGCUAGCUGUUGCUGACCCAGGAGCAGAAGUGUAUUUAUGCCCAGGUGGCCCGAUACUGCAACCGCUCAGCAGACUUCAUCCCAUUGUCCUUUGUGCUGGGUUUCUACGUGACUUUGGUGGUGAAUCGUUGGUGGUCUCAGUACAUAAGCAUUCCUCCAGACUAGUUAAUGUGUGUCAUCUCAGCCAGUGUGCAUGGUGUGGACCAGAGUGGCCAUUUGCUACAUCAAACUCUUAUCUGCUAUGCCAACCUGGUAUCAGUUUUGGUGCUACGUUCCAUAAGCACCCAUGUAUUCAAGUGCUUCCCCACCAUGGAACAUGUGGUGGACACAGGUUUUAUGUCUCAGGAAGAGAGGAAAAAGUUUGAUUUGAAAUCUGACUUUAACAAGUACUGGGUCCCUUGCAUCUGGUUCACUAACCUAGCCACCCAGGCCCGCAGGGAUGGACGAAUCCAUGACGACAUCACUUUCUGUCUCAUACUAGAAGAGCUGAACAAGUAUCCGGCCAAGUACAGCACGCUAUUCCACUAUGACUAGAUCAGCAUCCCCCUUGUCUACACCCAGAUAACUGCCCACUCAGGUGUGGUGACAACAGCUGUCUAUUCCUUCUUCAUCCUUUCCCUGAUUGGCUGCCAGUUUGUGGAGCCAGAAACAGGGACUGCCAAACUUCAGGAGCCUCUGGAGCCAGGCAAGGAGGCCUCUCCAUCCGAUGGAGACGUGUUCAUGCCUCUCACCACAUUGCUGCAGUUUUUCUUUUACACUGGUUAGCUCAAGGUGGCUGAACAGCUCAUUAACCCCUUUGGUGAGGAUGAUGAUGACUUUGAGACCAAUCAGCUAACAGUGUCCCUACUCUCUGUGGAUGAUAUGUACCAGAACCUGCCUCCCACUGAGCAGGAUCUGUACUGGGAUGAGGCCCAACCUCAGCCACCCUAUACAGUGGCCACAGCUGCUGAGUUGCUGAGGCCUUCCUUCAUGGGUUCCAUUUUCAACCUGCGCAUGAGUGAUGACCCUGAGCAGUGCCUGCAAGUGGAGGCGGCCCGGAGGUCCAACCUGCCAGCGCCUGCCAUGCAGACCACGCAGACCCCACUGCUGCUGCUGGGCCGCUUCCUGGGUGCAGAAGCGCUCUUGCCUGCUGUGAACCUGCGGAACUUGAGCAAAGCACAUGGAGUUCCCAGGACCCCUCACCUGCUGCACUUCCAAAGUGAGGAAGCUGAAGGCCGAAUUAAUGAGGCUGUAGAUGAAGGAUCUGAGGAUGAAGCCCUGGAACCCUAA